GAAUCUGAUUGGAUGGAUGUCCUCGUCUCCUCUCUCUGCAGCUGUGCGAUAUGUUUGCGCUUCACUAGAGGGCGAGAGACUCCGCGUUAAAACCCUGAGACCCGGACCCGAGGCUGCAGCUGCAGGCACGUUUAAAGUCCUGCACGGACAGACAGAAAGUUCUAAAAUGGAGACCAAGAGACAAAAAAACAAAAGCAGAAAGUUAAAGAGACAUUUUGCACAAACUGUUUUCCUGCGUCAGGAUCUGCAAACGCACCACGAGCUGCCGAGCAUCUUUUCAGGGCCCAUCUGCGCCUGCAGGAGGGAGGCGGCGGCCGGCAGAGGAACAAUUAGUUUUACAGCCUUAAUUUGCGCCCUCCAUUUAGCCCGGCGUUAACACCACAAUGUGGGCGUGUUCUCGCCCCCUUUUUUAACUUUGCACCGCCUGUCCUCCGGAGCUGUGCGCACUUUGCGGAGCAGCCACUUGCUGCACAGUGGAUGCAGAGUUCAGCUCCGGCUUUGCCCGUGGUCCCCCCCUUUCCCACCCCCCGCCAGCCACGACCACCCGGCCGCAGCUCGGGCUCUGAUCUCAGGACCGGAGGAUGGAUUUCUCUCACUUCUCUUGUCUCUGCUGGGCUCUUGCGUUUGUUUGUGAAGUCCCCUGUUUUCAGACUCUUGCGAUUUUCCCUCCAGCUGCUCCGAAGAGCAGCAAGGUGGCGAUGAUCUUUGAUGGACAGGAGGCGUCUAAAUAUUUCAAGGAGUUUUACGCGCCGCCGUCCAUCGACAGAAACAAUAAAGCAACAUCCAAAGACUCCAUCGAGCCUCAUGACUACAUGCUGUCCAUCUACAAGACCUUCUCCACGGCGGAGAAGCUGGGGCUCAACGCCAGCUUCUUUCGCUCUUCAAAGGCUGCAAACACCAUUGCAAGUUUUGUGGACAAUGGACAAGAUGACCUCCCACUCUCCCCUCUGAGGAGACAGCAGUAUCUGUUCGACGUCUCAACACUCUCCAGAAAAGCGGAGGUGCUGGGAGCCGAGCUCAGGAUAUACACCAAAGUGUCUGGGAAUUUCAGGAUAUCGGAAACAGAGCCCGUCGACAUCCAGCUCCUCUCCUGCCACGACCGGCAGCUGCUCGACUCCAAAACACUGGACCUGCAGGAUUCCCAGAGGCCAAAGUGGGAGGUGUUGGACGUGUGGGAAAUAUUCAAAGAGCAGCAACACCUGAGCCAGGGGAAGCACUUCUGCCUGGAGCUCAGGGCCACGCUGGACAACCCAGAGAGAGAGCUGGACCUGCACCUUCUGGGCCUGCACAGGCACGGCAGGCCUCAACAGAAAAAAGCCAUCUUAGUGGUCUUCACCAGGUCCAAGAAGAGGCAGACCCUCUUCAGUGAGAGGAGAGAGGGGAGGGCGUUGCUGGGCCUAGAGAGGAAAGCCAAAGAGAGAGGCCCGGGUGCCAAAGCCAGCAGGAGAAGGAGGACGGCCACGUCCAAAACCCGCCACGGGAAGAGACACGGCAAGAAGUCCAAAUCCAGGUGCAGCAAGAAGCCACUGCACGUCAACUUCAGAGAUCUCGGCUGGGACGACUGGAUCAUCGCCCCGCUGGAUUACGAGGCAUACCACUGCGAGGGGGUUUGUGAUUUCCCCCUACGCUCCCACCUGGAGCCCACCAACCACGCCAUCAUCCAGACUCUCAUGAAUUCAAUGAACCCCAGCAACAUGCCGCCCAGCUGCUGCGCCCCGUCCAAACUCAGCCCCAUCAGCAUCCUCUACAUCGACUCAGGAAACAAUGUGGUCUACAAACAGUACGAGGACAUGGUGGUGGAGUCUUGUGGCUGUAGGUAGUAGAUCAGGCAGGUGUAGUUCUUUAUGUUGAUCUCCACCUCCUUCAGGUUUCUGGUUAGUGGGAAUCAAACAGCAUCACAGUGGCAAAGCUGCACAUGAAAUAAGGAAAAGUUGCUUGAUUCAUUCAUCAAGAUGGAGACUGGAAGACACGUAGUGAUGCAUUUUCUAACCAUGCAUCCAGCAAGGUCAUGUUUAAUACCUCAAACAAUGUUUCUUGUUUUUUUUCUGUAUGUUUUUGUCUUGGCCACUUCGACACCACAGUGACUGCAUAUUCAAAGAGAGAUGUGAUGAGAUAAACCUGUAUGAUGUAUGUCAGCAAACAUUUUGGCAAAUAUGCUCAAUCACUUUCUUGCAGAGAGAUUUAUUCAGCUUUAGAGGUGCCGGUACGUUUAGGCAGAGCCAGGCUAGCAGUUUCCACCUGUGCCCAGUCUUUAUGCUAAGCUAUGCUAAAUGCCUCUUGACCGUAGCUUCAUAUUUAAUGUCCUGACACAAGAAUCAGUAUCAAUGUUCUCAUCUAAAUCUAAGCAAAAAGGUGAAUAACCUUCAACAAUGUUGAAUUAUUUCUCUAAAAAAAAUGAAAUAUCCUCAAUUUAAGAAAAAUAAAUCUCUCAUGAAGUUAUCACCAGUGCAGAAAUAAAACAAUUGGUGCCAAUGUUUUAAUCUUUUACCUCUUUUUGACACACAGGACACGAGCACUAUGUUUAACUUUCAUGGACUGCUAUAUUAAUACGAACAUUUAAUAUGUGUGACGAUUCUUUUCUGGUUAUUGUGAUAAUUCUAAAAAGAAAAACAAACAUAAAGCAGAGCAAACUAAAUAUGAACUUUCCCUGCAGUCAAAGCAGUCUGGAAGUGCAGCAGUAUAAUCAUCCUGACCCCAGAUGAUCCAGCGUAGUCAGUCUGCUUUAAUUUUGGACAUUUGACGACUGAAACAGGCUGAUUUAUUACACGUGUGCGGCCUGUUUCUUUUACUACUUCAGGUAAACAUUAUUUUUAUGUCUUGAGCGACGUCCUCACCAGGAUUAAAAAGCAGAUUUUCAGCACUUGACAUGGCCUAUGACUCAGGGAACGUCCUCGAGUGCUGGAGAGAAUGUAAAGUCCUUUCUUCAGAUUAACCACCAUCAGUUCAUUCCCACCACGACCAAUGCAGGGUUUCUCACAGUGAACGGACCAUUUCUUUUUUUUGUUUUUCCAUUGAGGAGUUACAUAAUUUUGUCUGCGAUGCACUGAUGUUCAAAGGUACCAUGUGUAAAUAUUUGAUAUGGGAGAUAAUAAUUUAUGUUCUAUGAAUAAGUUAUUUCAAUUUUAUUGUCCGCUUUGUUCCGUUUAUAACUUCCAGACGGCAUGAGUCACACAUCUGGAUGUUCAGGUUCAGAUAAACACAUAUGGGUAAUGUUUUGGUAACCAAACGUGACAGCUAUGUUCUGGUCACAGGCUGUGAAAUACUGUACGAUCAUCAGUGUUUUUGUUGGAUAUAUAAAUAGUAAAUAAUUUUUCACCAAAGAAAAAAAAAACAUUGUUUUUGUUUGGUGAAUUAUACUGUUGUUUAAAACAUUAGUAGCACAUUUUAGCCUCUUAUAUUUUCUAUUUUGCAUUAUUUACUGGAAUCUGAAAAUAAUAUAUUAUACUGACUGUCAGUACGAUGAAAUGGAUAAUUCAGUGUCAUGCCACAGUGUUUAUAUUCUCUCUUUGCUCUCAUGCAUCCAACCAUGUGACGCAUCAUGACAGCAGAAAACGAAUUGAUAAUGUAUUUUUACAGAGUGAAAUAAUCAGUUUAAUUGUUUAACCAAAUGAAUCUAUUCUUAUAAACUGUGUGAACUGUAAAAUAUGUAGAGUAA